GACGUCGCCUUCGUUCCCUACGCGGGCGAGGACGUCCACAUGCCCGUCGUGAUGGACCUCAUCGAUCGCGAGCUCUCCGAGCCGUACAGCGUCUUCACGUACCGAUACUUCAUCAACAACUGGCCCAAGCUGUGCGUGCUCGCGUACGCGAACGACGUCCCGAUCGGCGUCGUCGUGUGCAAGCUCGAGAAGCACAGGGACAUGUACCGCGGCUACGUCGGGAUGCUCGUCGUCGCGCGGACGCAUCGAAAGCUCAAGCUGGGGUCGGCGCUCGUGUCGAGAGCGCUCGCGGUGAUGCAGAGCGAGGGCGCGGACGAGUGCGUCCUGGAGGUGGAGUCCACGAACGUCGGCGCGCUGCGGCUGUAUCAAAACUUGGGGUUCAUACGCGACAAGAGGCUGGAGAGGUACUACCUCAGCGGGAACGACGCGUAUCGGAUGAAGCUUCUGUUUCCG